AUGGCUGCUCAGCUCUUCAAUCGUAUCGGUCAAGUCGGCCUGGGUGUGGCGUUAGUUGGUGGAGUCGUCAACUCUGCUCUUUAUAAUGUUGAUGGUGGACACAGAGCAGUAAUCUUCGAUAGAUUUGCUGGUGUUAAGAACUUGGUGACGGGUGAGGGGACCCACUUCUUUGUCCCAUGGGUACAGAGACCUAUUAUCUUUGAUAUAAGAUCACGUCCCAGAAAUGUUCCUACAGUUACUGGAAGCAAAGAUCUUCAAAAUGUAAACAUCACUCUUCGUAUCUUAUUCAGGCCUGUCCCAGACCAGCUUCCAAGAAUUUACACUAUCCUUGGUGUUGACUAUGAUGAGAGAGUACUGCCUUCCAUUACAUCCGAAGUUCUCAAAGCUGUUGUUGCACAAUUUGAUGCCGGUGAACUUAUUACACAGAGAGAGAUGGUGUCACAGAAAGUCAGUGAACUGUUGACUGAAAGAGCAUCACAAUUCGGUCUCAUUUUAGACGACAUUUCAAUUACACAUUUGACGUUCGGUAAGGAGUUCACACAGGCCGUUGAAUUAAAACAGGUUGCACAACAGGAUGCUGAAAAAGCUAGAUUCUUGGUAGAAAAAGCUGAACAACAGAAGAAAGCUGCUGUCAUUGCUGCAGAGGGUGACGCCCAAGCCGCUAUUCUACUCGCCAAGUCCUUCGGAACUGCCGGUGAAGGUCUCGUCGAACUUCGUCGUAUUGAAGCAGCAGAAGACAUAGCCUAUCAGCUAUCCAAAUCCCGCAACAUUACUUACUUGCCACAAGGACAAAAUAUUCUCCUAAAUCUGCCUACACAGCAAUAA